UUUUAUUUAUAGCAGUGUCAUGUGAGGGGAUGUGCACUUUAUGUAUUGUUGUAAACAUCUUUCUUCCAUUUUAGUGAAAGUACAUUAGCAGUUGAAUUGAAAGAAACAAUUUGAUCCUAUGGAGAAAUUAGCAGAAUUGAUUCUGAUCCCUUCUCCGGCAAUGGGCCAUGUUGCUCAGAUGUUGGAGUUGGCCAAGCUUUUCAUCAAUCGAAAUCAUCAACUCUCAAUCACUGUCCUCAUUAUGAAACUCCCUGAUUACAUCGACCCUGUUAGUGGCCCUUUUGUCGACUCUGUAAUUGAUUCAUCAUCCUCUGAACGUCUUCGAUUCUUUGAAUUACCACCUGUUGAUCCAACCCCGGAAUGGAGCUCUAAAACUCGAGGACACUUUGUUAACAGAUUAGUACAAACUCAAAAAUCUCGAAUCAGGGAAUUUUUAAUAAGUCAACGGGGCGGUGUUAAACUUGCUGGAUUUGUUGUAGACAUGUUAUGCACUCCAUUGAUGGAUGUAGCUGAAGAGUUUGGGAUCCCGAGCUAUGUGUUUUUCACUUCCCCUGCUGCUUUUCUUGGGUUGAUGAUUCAUUUCCAGUUUCUUGAAGAUGAGUGUUCGAGAGAUGUUUCCAGUUUCAAAAACUCUGAUGAUGGUACUGCUCUGUUAUCAUUUCCUAGCUACGCAUACCCUGUUCCUACGAACGUAUUGCCAAUGGUUCUAGUCGAUAGAGACACAUGGUUAGGGAGAUUUCUCGAUUUUGCUCGUGGGUAUAGAAAAGCCAAAGGAAUCAUCAUCAACACUUUUGCUGAACUAGAAGUAUACGCCUUGGAUGCAUACAAUAACAACAACCUAUCAAGAUCUGAGCAAGCUCAUCCCCUGCCAUCCAUCUAUCCAAUUGGUCCAAUUUUAAACCAAUCGAAAUCACAGUCGGAGUCAGAGGAGGCAGAAAUAACAAAUUGGCUGGACAAACAGCCACCUAAUUCGGUGGUGCUACUCUGUUUUGGGAGCCAGGGGAGUUUACCAACGGAUCAAGUGAAACAGAUCGCUAUAGCUCUCGAUAACAUUGGUUGCCGUUUCUUAUGGUCUUUACGUCGUCCACCUCAGAGCAACAACGCUCAAUUUCCAGGAGAAUACACGAGCUAUUCAGAAAUUUUGCCUGAAGGAUUCCUAAAGAGAACAGAGAAAAAAGGGAAAGUGGUAGGAUGGGUUCCACAAUUGAAAGUGUUGUCUCACGAAGCAAUCGGGGGAUUCGUAUCACACUGUGGAUGGAAUUCGAUACUUGAAAGCUUAUGGUAUGGUGUUCCUAUAGCGACAUGGCCAUUGCACUCAGAACAGCAGGUUAACGCGUUUCAAUUAGUGAAAGAGAUAGGAGUAGCAGUGGAGAUUACUUUGGAUUACUGCGAGAGGAAUAAAGAUCAAGCUAUAGUAACAGCAGAAGCCAUCGAAAAUGGGAUAAGUAAAUUGAUGGAAACUAACUCCGCAGUAAGACAUGAAGCAAAGAUGAUGAAAGAGAAGAGCAGAGCCAGCGUAACGGAGGGUGGUUCAUCAUACUUGGCCUUCAGCAAACUUAUCAAUGAACUACUCAAGAAUGCAGCUCUAUAACUAUUGAUCUAUUCAUGAUUGUACUAAAUUAUUAUCUCCACUUAAUUUUGAUUACUUAACUUUAAUAUCAAUAAAUCAUCGUAUAUUACUAAAACCAUGAACAAAAAAGUUGAAAGUUGAAUUACAGUUUUACCCUUUAUUUAAA